AUGAUAUUUUCAUUGGUCUCUUCUGGUAUUUUAUUACAUAUUGAACAACCAACAUUUGAGACACGUGUUAAGAAUGCUGAAACAAUUUUAUUCGGUCGUUUUAAUUGGUUAAUCCCUAUCAGUAGCAAUGAUAAUUUCAAUGAAGUUUACUCAUCUGAACAAAAUACAUUUGAAUUUAUCGUUUAUUGUACAAUAAAAAAAAGUAAAGCACCGGAAAAUGUUCCACGUUUUCUUCGUAUUAUUAUAACAAACAAUGAAACUGAAAUGGAUAUGAAAAAAAAUACUUGGUUUAUAUUAUUUCCUAAAAUGAGUCAUUUAAAAAACAUCUGGAUAGUUGAUAAUCGAAGUGAUGCAUUCGAUUUAGAAGAUGAUCUUGAACUGCAUAUAUUUGAAAAAUUUUGUUUUCUCGAACCAAAACUUCCUUAUGGUUUUCCGUAUAGUGGUCUUCUUAAUCGUUGUCCAAAGCCAAGUCCUCAGCAUUGUUUUGUAAAUGGUACAGCAAUUCGUUCUGAUGAAUUACUUGAAUUAAAAACGUUCCUAACAAGUACAACAACUCGAAAGACAAAAUUAAGAAAAACUAAACGUUCAUAUCGAUCAAAACAUAUAAUCAAAGAAAAGAAAUUUAUUAGCCCUGUUUGGUAA